UGACUAACUGGGAAUUGCAGAGUUUGAUUAGCUCGGUAUUUGAUUAAAAGGUCUUAACAUGAGCUAAACUAGGGAUUCCCCUUUUGCGCAUAUGCACGCUCUGAACCUGAUGGGAGUUGUAGUUCUGCGGAAGAAGGGCUGACUUAGGAGGGAAACAAACUGGUCCCCGCUCUCUCCUCUCCUGGAGGGAAUUCCGAGAGGGAGGAGGCGGAGCCAGCGGCCAGAGGCUGGGCUUUCAGGACCGCUGCCUGCGAUGCUUUUGCUGUGGGUGUCAGUGGUCGCUGCUUUAGCGCUCGCUGCGCCUGCCCCCGGAGCAAGUGGGCAGAGAGGGCUAGCAGCUCGGGCCUUGCCCGAGUUGCCUAAUGUGGUGCUGGUGGUGAGCGAUUCCUUCGAUGGAAGACUCACAUUUCAUCCAGGAAGUCAGGUAGUGAAACUUCCUUUUAUCAACUUCAUGAAAGCUCGUGGCACUACCUUUCUCAAUGCCUACACAAACUCUCCAAUUUGUUGCCCAUCACGAGCAGCAAUGUGGAGUGGCCUCUUCAUUCACUUAACAGAAUCUUGGAAUAAUUUUAAGGGUCUAGAUCCAAAUUAUACAACAUGGAUGGAUGUCAUGGAGAAGCAUGGCUACCAAACACAAAAAUUUGGAAAACUGGAUUAUACUUCAGGACACCACUCUGUUAGCAAUCGUGUGGAAGCAUGGACAAGAGAUGUUGCUUUCUUACUCAGACAAGAAGGCAGGCCUAUGGUUAAUCUUAUCCCUAAUAAGACUAAAGUAAGAGUGAUGGAAAAGGACUGGACAAAUACAGACAGAGCGGUAAAUUGGUUAAGAAAGGAAGCAGUUAAUUAUACUCAACCAUUUGUUCUUUACUUGGGAUUAAAUUUACCACACCCUUACCCUUCACCAUCUUCAGGAGAAAAUUAUGGAUCUUCAACUUUUCACACAUCUCUUUACUGGCUUGAAAAAGUAGCUGAAAAUGCCAUCAAAAUCCCAAAGUGGUCGCCUCUGUCAGAAAUGCACCCUAUAGAUUAUUACUCUUCUUAUACAAAAAACUGCACUGGGAAGUUUACCAAAAAAGAAAUUAAGAAUAUUAGAGCAUUUUAUUAUGCUAUGUGUGCCGAGACAGAUGCCAUGCUUGGUGAAAUUAUUUUGGCUCUUCGCCAGUCAGAUCUUCUUGAGAAGACUAUUGUCAUAUUCACCUCAGACCAUGGAGAGUUGGCCAUGGAACAUCGACAGUUCUAUAAAAUGAGUAUGUAUGAAGCCAGUGCCCAUGUUCCACUUUUGAUGAUGGGUCCAGGAAUUAAGGCCAACCUACAAGUAUCAAAUGUGGUUUCUCUUGUGGACAUUUACCCUACUAUGCUUGAUAUUGCUGGAAUUUCUGUGCCUCAGAACCUGAGUGGAUACUCUUUGUUGCCAUUAUCAUCAGAAACAUUUAAGAAUGAACACAAAUUCGAAUACCUACAUCCACCCUGGAUCCUGAGUGAAUUCCAUGGAUGUAAUGUGAAUGCUUCCACCUACAUGCUUCGAACUAACCAAUGGAAGUAUAUAGCGUACUCUGACGGUGUUUCAGUGUUGCCUCAGCUCUUUGAUCUUUCCUCGGAUCCAGAUGAAUUAACAAAUAUUGCUACAAAAUUUCCAGAAAUUACUUAUUCUUUAGAUCAGAAGCUCCAUUCCAUUAUAAACUACCCUAAAGUUUCUGCUUCUGUCCACCAAUACAAUAAAGAACAGUUUAUCGCCUGGAAACAAAGUAUAGGGCAGAACUAUUCAAAUGUUAUAGCAAACCUCAGGUGGCAUCAGGACUGGCUGAAGGAACCAAUGAAGUACGAAAAUGCAAUCAAUCAGUGGCUUAAAAACCCACUAAUCCAAGAGUUUGAACAAAAAUAAGGAAAUAAUGUUCUACAGCUACUUAUUAAUAUACUAAAAGAUCAUAAUCAAUGAUAUAUUUUAAAUAUUAUAGUUUAACAUUACUGAUUUUUAGUUACUUUUAAGGAAUUUAUUAUACUUUAAAACAAAAUAUUAUUUUUAAAACAAAAUACCAAUGAUUGAAGAAUUACAUAUUUUCAAAAUAGCUACUAUUAAAACGUCAUUCUUACCAAUUUCUAACAACUUCAUGGAAAUAUUAAAAGGUUGGAAGCAAAUACUAUAAUAUAAAGCUAUGCUCCUCUGAAGAAUAUAGAAUAUUUUAAGAUUUAUGGAUUAUCACCUAUAAGCCAUAGAAUAGUUAUUUCUGAGUAUUUGAUGGGACUUAGACAAUUUGCUCAACCCUGGCUAUGACUGACUUUAUUACUAUUUUUUUAAAUAGGUAAUAUAUGCACAAGGUACAAGCUUCAAAAAGGUACAGAAAAGUUAACACUGAGCAUGAAGUCUCUCCCUCCUUUCCCACUCCCCCAGCCACCAAGUUCCCCUCCCCAAAGGCAAGUCUUGUAACUUUCUUAUAUAUGCAUUUACAAGCAAACAUACAGUUUUUUCACACAUAAAUGGUACACAUUAGACACACUGUUCUGCAUUUUUUCCUACCUAACAGUAUAGGUACCUAGAAGUGGAAUUGCUGGGUCAAGAGGAUAUCUAGCAAAAUUAUGCUAAAUACUGCCCAGUUACCUCUAAAGAAGUUAUACCAGUUUAUACUGCUACCAUAUGCAUGCCUUCACAUUCUUGCCCACGUGGUAUAUUAUCAAAAAUGUUUAUCUUAGAAGGUUCUGGAUAGAGGGGAGAAAAAUGUAGAACAAAAUUCAAAUUCACAAAAAAAGACCAGACUUACUGGUCUGACAGAGACUCGAGGGACUCCCAAAACUAUGGC